AUGGUUGUCAGGUCAUUAAUAUAUGGGGUUAUCGAUAGAGUCCCUGUGGUCAACAAUAUCAGCCGAUUUAUCCAAGACCGACUGCAAGUGUCAGAUGUGUCGAGCACCAGCUCAGAAUCAAACAGUGACAUUGAAUCGGACGAUGCAACUGAAGAUGAAUAUUUGCAAGAAGUUGUGCUUCCACAAUCACCAAAACAAAAGAUUCAUGCAAAGAUACUAAAGAAUAGAACAACAUCGCCAACUCCAGCCACCACAACUGGAUCACAAGAUUGUGAACAAGAAGAGUCAAAUAUAUUAUUUGAUUCACCAACCAAAACAAAGGUCAGUGCAAUAGACAGAAGCCAUAUCAAGCCUGUGUCUGCCAGGCUAUCUAAACGCAAAAUUGAAACAGCUGAAAAGAUUGAAAUCCCUGAUUUGGAUGCGCUUACAAGUCCAACAUUGGUAAAUGACAGUGACCAAGUGUCGACUCCAAAGCAAUAUCAAUUCGCAUCAAUGGAAGAACGGCAAACUGGAUCGGCCAAACAGGGCAAUAAAUAUCAUGUUGAACAAUAUAUGAACGAUCAAAAUAGCAAGUUUAACGAGUUAAUUACCAACAAUAUUGGUGCUGUAUUGAACGAAGAUAAAGAUGAUGAAAGAGAUGACGAACUGGCAAAUAUUGUGUUCAACUAUAACAAAGACUUGAACCCCGGUGUCGCUUUAUUAUCUAUGGUUUAUGAUAAUCGCAAAGCUAUCGCUUCUUCGGUAUACAAAUACGGGAAACAACAAGUGCGUUCAAGACUACCUUAUAUCCCAUUUAUCAACCCAACAACACAAGUAUCACAGGAUGAAACUAGUGAAUAUCUCAUUGGAAAUGAAAAGGAGAGUUUAUCGAGCCCAUUUGCGUCACCCAUUCUUGGUAAAGCCUUGAUGAAACUCGACAAUUCACGAGCUGUUACUACUACCGUGGAGCAAGAUGAAUCAAUCAAUGUUGACUUGAGUGAGCAAGAUCUAAUAGAUCAGAGAAAUUUUGAUCAACUAAUGACCAAUUUAGACGAUGAAGUCAAAAUUGAUAUCUUUUUGGAUUCGUUAGAUGAAAAGACUAAAAUUAACUUGUUGCAUCUGUUACGCAAGGAUUUAAACAUGUAUAAUACGCAACAUGAAGAUGCAUUAUCACCACAGUCAGCAGUUCGAAAUCUUUACUACAAUGAAAACAUCUCCACCAUAGAUAAGGUGCAAAUAUUUAUCAUUAUAUCGGUAAAGUUAUUCAUCACUGGCGUCAAAUUAUUCAUUCCCAUAACCAAAUACUUGAUAUACAAGUUUCAACAAAAUCAAAUGUUUAUCUUCAAUGCCAAGAACAUGAAUAAAUUCUUUAAUUUCAUGGUCAAAUUUAUGAAUUAUCUCGAUUUGAAACUAAAUGACAAUGAGGAGUUAAUUGAUCAAUUGUCUAGACAAGAUUACCUUAAAACUGAAGAAAAUAUCGAAGAGAUGUAUAAUGAAUUCACAAGCAGGACCAAACUGUAUUUCAAACCCAGUUAUUUCAAAGAUCGGUUUAUUGCGAAGGACGAUUUUGUUAAGCGAGGAAUGUAUGAUUUAGUCUUGGGGAACGCCCUUGGUGAUGAUGAUAAUGAUGAGAGCAGACGAGGCAGAAUGGUAAAGAGGUAUGAAGACGAUCCCAAUUAUGCCAUGUAUUUCACCGGUAAAUCCAUUGAUUCAUCAGCACGCGAAAGUGAAACGGGAAGUUUUAUCGAUGAAGAGGAGGAAGAGAGUGAUGUUUAUACUACUGCGCCUAGUCAAAUGAACUUGAGCAAGAGGUCUAACUCGUUUUCGGACGGCAGUAGCAGUAGUAGGAGAUCAACCUUUUCACGUCGAAGGAAAUAUGUUAAAUUCUAA